AUGUCGCGCUCUGUCCGUGCUGAAACGAGAAAUCGUGUAAAAGACGAUAUCAAAAGAGUCAUGCAAGCUGUUGAAAAAGUUCGCCAUUGGGAAAAGAAAUGGGUGACCAUUGGGGAAACAACUAUGAAAAUUUACAAAUGGGUUCCUAUAUCUACGAACGAGCAGAAGAAAAAACAUGCGGCAAAACGCGAGAAUAAGGAAAAUACCUUGACCCCUAAAAAGUUACACGAUUCAUCAAAUUCCAACUUCGGCAUGGCUGAAGAUUCAAAUACUUGUUUCUCAACUGUUAGUGAUUCUCAGGGACCAACAGAGUUUACAUCAACACACAUGAACUUUUCUGAAGACUCAAACUCCCAGAGCAGUGGCACUACAACACCAGCAAAACGGUUAAAAACAGACUGA